AUGACGUUUUCCGCACCUACUCCCACUGAGACUAAGUACAAGUACAACAUUGCUAUCGGUUAUGACAAGACUGACCUCGAGAUCCAGGUCAAGGCAUGUGCGGAUACUCCGGUUACUAUUGACGACUUCGCAAAACCUCUAGAUUAUUAUUAUUGUGUUGCUGAAAAGAUGAAGAAGAACGCCAUAGUUGCGCAUUGGGGCAAGGCCCCCAGUAUGUUCACCCAUGAGGAUAAAUAA